GUAAACAUGGCACCAAAAUCAGGGAACCUUGAUUCUUUUAUCAAUAGUGUUGAAUUGUCCAGACUUGCUUCAUAUACCAAAUGGCCGACUUGGGCCAAUGCACGACCAGGACAACUAGCUGAGGCUGGACUACAGUAUACAGGUAAAGAUGACAAAGUGAGAUGUUUCUUCUGUGGUGGGGAGUUAUGCAAUUGGGAGGUUGGUGAGGUACCCUGGCAGAAGCAUCUAAAAUUUUUCCCCGAGUGUGGAUACCUGAAAGAUGUGAAGGGAACUGACUGGGUCAAAGAAGAAAUACGCAAAAUAAAUGAUGAGGAGUGUAAGUUUCAGAAUGCAAAAGAAGUAGAUGUACCGCAAUGUAUAGGAACUCAUGGAGACACAUUAGUUGGAGCUGUUGGAGACUCACAAUGGGCACUUCAAAAUGACAACAAACAAGCCAUAGAGCUCCCUGCUUCACUUCGCACUGCCCUUGCAUUCUACGGACUGAAUGAUUUCACAAUUUAUGACACUCACACAAAACCAGAGUUUCAGUUCAUGCAUGUAGAACAUCUAGACAUCACACAACCUGCAUUAGAACUCCAACCUUCUGUCCAUGCACAAUCAAAUCUACCUCUUGACCAGGGACAUGGACGUGAUAUUAUAGAAGGUGGGCAUGACAACUCAAUUUCUAUAAGAGGCCAGAUGGUGACAGUCCCUGAAAUGAACAACAAUUUCUGA